UUGACGGCAGUUGAGACGUGUUCGCCACUGUGAUAGGGACAGGUGGCGCACUGCUUCUGAUCACGCAACUUGCGCUCGCGAAACUCCCUUUUGUUUAUAACACUUGUUGUGCUCUUGUGGUGUCAAAUUGAACUGAGGUUGAGUUGUGCGAUUGUUUGCGAAUUAAAAUGUUAACUUGAAAGUGUUGUGAAGUGAUACUGUAUAAUACCGGCACAGCCAGUUAUGUCGUCAAGUACGAUUUAAGUGCAAAAUCGUCUUGCUCAACUCAAAAGACGAUGUACACAAAUCCCGCAUGGAUUACAAUUCUGUGAAAUAGUGCUGAAUUUUGGUCUACAUAUUUAAUUAACGGGAUACGGAGAUCGAAAUUGCGACGAUCUGAGCCGAGGUUCAACCCCUAGCGGUGCCCUCAGACUAAAGUCGUCGCGUCGUAUGGCAAUGCAUUAAAGAAGGCGCCAAGAGGGGUGCUCCCGACAGCGCAAAGAUGAUGGAAUGCUUGUGCCCUGCGCCACGCACGCUGGCUUGUCGCGUUGUAUUGCUGGAUGAAAGGGAGCUUCUCCAUGAGAUACAGGAUAACAAUACGGGGCAGGCUUUACUAGAUGUCGUGUUUAGACAUCUGGAUCUUUUAGAAACUGCCUAUUUUGGCCUACGCUACGUUGAUCAAGAUAAUCAAACUCAUUGGCUGGACGUUGGCAAGCGCUUGCGCCGACAACUUCGAGGUUCAGAUCCUCAUACAUUCUACUUCGGCGUGAAAUUCUACGCUGCAGACCCAUGCAAAUUACUGGAGGAGAUCACACGGUAUCAGCUGUUUCUGCAACUGAAACAAGAUGUGCUCCGUGGUCGCCUCCCGGUGAACUUUGAUCUUGCCGCCGAGUUGGCUGCUUAUGUUCUACAAUCGGAACUAGGUGACUACGAUCCACGAAGGCAUACACCGGGAUAUGUGUCAGAAUUCAGGUUCCUGGCACAUCAAACUUCAGAGCUGGAAUCACGAGCCGCUGACAUACAUCGAACUCUCACGGGUAUUUCUCCAGCACAAGCUGAGUUGAGUUAUUUAGACAAAGUAAAAUGGCUUGAUAUGUACGGUGUCGAUCUGCAUCCUGUUUUGGGCGAGGAUAGCGUGGAGUAUUUCCUAGGACUAGCGCCGAGCGGACUUCUGUUGUUGCGAGGCAAACACACCGUCGCCAACUAUUACUGGCCCCGAGUUUCCAAACUUUACUACAAGGGGCGCUACUUCAUGCUCCGUGUAGCGGAUAAAAACAAUGAAACAACGACAUAUGGAUUCGAGUCACCAACUAGAUCCGCCUGCCGUCAUCUAUGGCGAUGCUGCUCUGAUCAUCACGCGUUCUUCCGUCUGCAGCAAACCUCACCGGCUUCAGCCGAUAUUUUUGCCUUAGGCACAAGACUGAGAAAUAGCGGACGUGGUAGCCGGCCGCGACCGCCGCCGACUUUCAGUCGAACACCGUCGCGUCGCAUCGCGCGGCCGCCGCACGCAUCGCACACUUCGUUGCAUGACGUGCCCAAAUUAGAAGACUUGAGAAUAAAAGACUGCCCUCCCGAAGUUAAGCAACCUACCUCAGUUCAUCGACCGAAUUCAAUCAAUGGCGAAGUGACGGGUCCACCCUCUAUGGGCCCUGGUGGUAGUUCACCACGUUCUACUCGCUCAGCUCCGACGCGGCGCGGACUAUACUCUGCAUCGCCUACAGCAACACGACCGCCGCCAGCGCCCCGUCAUCGAUCUGCUUCCGUUGAUUCACAGAGUUCCAACGAUUCCAGAACUAACCGCAAACACAAGCAUAGGUCUCGUCGUCAGCAGUCGGAUGCGGAGAGCGAACUAUCUCGUGGUUCAGGACGAUCAGGUCGCCGACACAGGCGACAUCGUUCACGACACAAGCACGAAUCUGGUUCCGAGAGAGACGACUCGCAACCCGAUACCAAAGAAUAUGAACUAAUUGAAUCAGAGUCACAGUGGAAGGAAGUAUUACGACAAACGAAUGCUGGAAGUGGUGUUCAAGUAGCAAAUGUUCGUCGGUCACAAAUGGAACCAGAAACUGGAACACACAGAUCUUCCCAUAGACAUCGAAGACAUAGAAAACACAGAUCUAGAUCUGGGUCUCCGAAUGACAAGAAAUGGCUACCAAAUGAACUAAAGCAACAUUUAGAAUUCUCAUUAGUUGAUACGACGGGUAUGACUGAAGAACAAUUAAAAGAGAUACCGUAUACUGUAGUUCAGACAAGUCAUGCUCGCCAAACAAAGCUUCGCACUUCUAAACAUAAACAAACCGAGCAUGGAUCGCUGGCUAGAAGAGAAAAAAGUUCUUCAUUACACGGAAAAAAUUCUCAUGAAAGUCAUAACCAAGGAUCACUUAGAUCUGUUUCGAGUACAUUAAGCACCCAUAGGACUAAUAGUGAGAAGCACGGAAGGCGUAUAUACCCCAGCUUUGAUGAGACUGCUGGACGACAAGGAGAUGAUUUUUUAACCAGCAAUGGAUAUAAAGGCAAUGUUACACCGAUUUCCAAUAACAAUAAUCCGUACAGUCCAGUAACAAACAGCAAUAGUAAUAGCUCAAGUGGUGAGCUGAUAACCGGCAGCGCGAGGGUAUCGCACGAACAUACAGAUUCUGGGCUGGGAGCUGACCAGGAUUACGCGUAUUCAUCUGAGAGGUCGAGCGACAGCACGAAGGGCGGCGCGGGAGGCUCGACAGCGCCAGUGAGUAGACCGUGGCCGGGUUCGGGCGCGGGCGGUGCGGGCGUGGCCGGCGGCGGGUGGCGGGAGUCGCGGGAGUCGCGGGAGGCGCGGGCGGCGCGGGCGGGCGCGCUGGCGCGGCGGCCGCCGGCGGUUCCGAGCCGCGUGUCGGGCUCCCAGCGCUCCUUGCUGUCGGUCGCCAGCGACAGCGUGGCCGCGCGCCGCCCGCGCGAAUUCGCCCCCCGCGGAUACCCUCACGCUGCGGACGGUGGCUUUUCUCUCUUUAGACAUGCUAGCAACAACAACAUAUUGGUCGGCGAGAGCGGGUCGCUGGCGCGGCGGUACGUGCGACCGACGCGAGAGUCGCGCGACAGUCGCGACUACAACGCGAAUGUGGCGCGAACGCACGCUCGCCUCGCGCACGCGCACGCGCACGUACGCCACGACAACACCCUCGACAUUAUUCUUAAGCCUCUCAUAGAAAGCACGCAGUUGCAGAGCAAUUGAGCCCGGAAAACGAUUCAACUGUUAAUGCGUCAGACUGUGCUUUGAAGUCGUCUGGUAACACUAAACCUCCGGGAGCAGCCGAGAUGAGCACAGAACUGUAAAAUUUGCAAUGUUAUAAUUGUAAUUGUAAAUGUUAUAUGUAUACCAUGCAUAUAAUUUGCAUUUAACUUCAUAAAUACUGUGUGCUUAAGUUAAUCGUUGUUAAGUUUUAUUGUCAUGCGAGUGGAAUAUUAUCAUAUAAAUAUAAUAUUUAUGUAAUUAUACUUAUACUUUUUUUAUGUUGUUGCAAUAUAUAAUUGUAAUUUAAUAAUUUCUAACUAGCUAUUAUGUAAAAUACAAAAACGCUAAUAAUAUUUUGGUAAUAUUGAGUCGAUACAAAGAGAUGGUGUAAUUAUUCGAAAAUUAUUUAUCUUCUUAGAUUUAUAACAUAACACAAGGGAUAGAUUUCACAGAGUAAGUAAUAUGUAAUACUAUAGUUAUGAGAAUUUCGUAGAGGGCUGCAAAAAUAUUACGUGGUGAUUUAUGAUAUGUUACGUAAAGGUGUGUAGUAAGGGAAAAAUCUAUGGUCUCUCUGUGGGGGAUACGCGCGUAUCGCAGUAAUACUUUGUUUUCUUAUUAUAUGAAUGUAUGUAUGUCUGAAAGUUAAUUAAUAUAAUUGUAAAUAACGUGAUAUAAAUUCCAUCGGGUAUGAAUACUAUUCCAAUUUAUUUAUGUUUUCUUGUUAACAAAAAUAUAGACUCUUAAUGAAACAUAAUUUUGUGCCAAAGAAGUUUCAUAAUACCUUUAUUAUGGGUAUUGCCUCAGAUAAAAAAAUCUUUGAAUUACAUCACAGCCGCAUAACUAAUAACCACAUUCAUAAUAAAUCUGAUUAGGUGUGCCGCUUAGAUUAUGUAGACAUAUUUAUUAAUAGGUAAUGAAUCUAAUCUAUUAAUAAUAUAUAAAUUACUAACAUAAUAUAGGUACUCCGUCCAAAUUAAAUUAGGUGAAAUUACAACAUAAUUUUUUGAAGCUAGGUAACGUCAUGUAUUGUAAAUUUAUUACAUGAAAAAUCCAAAACGCACAGCGUAAAUUAAUAUUUCUGUAACAAUCUGAAUUUCAAGCUGAUAUUUAUUAUGAAUAGUAAACGUAAAGUUCUAGUUUUCGUCUAAAAACAAAUCGGCUCAAUCUAUACACCUAUUUCUUUUUACCAGUUUGCACCAAAAAAAUACGUAGAAUUGCCCCAAAUUCAAAUAUUAAACUAUUAAGCAUUAUUAUAAUGUACUACGUCUACAAAUUAUAGAACUUUUUUAUAAGUUGUAAAUGCAAAAAUAUAUCUUACAACAUAUUGUAGGCGAAGUAUACAUGUACCUACCACACAUACCAUAUACAUAUAGGUACAAUAUAAAUAAAAGAAUAAGUAGAUACAAUGUCAUUGGUAUUUACCAAAUUCAAUGAUAAUAAAGAAUGUACCUAAUGUUAAUAGAA